UCGUCAGAUAGGAAGGUGUAAAGUUGGCGCGUGGGCUCAGACACUUCAGCAGUAGUUGUUUACUAAAGAUUAGUCCGUUUUUAGUCUUGGCCUUUAGUCUUGGAGCUCGUUUUGACUUUAGUUGGUAUCAUGACGAGGAACAAAACUGCGUAAAUAAGCUGUCAGUCGUCGAGAAACAGCGUCAUGUGGAAACUCCAGCCUGCAGAGUCUGAAUCAGGGGUGUUCUACCUGUUCCCCGGUAAAGAGUAUGUAGUGGGUCGUAAAAACUGUGACAUCCUCCUGGCCAAUGACCAGUCGAUCAGCCGUGUGCACGCCAAGCUCACAGUCACUGAGCAGACUGUGACGCUGAAGGACAGCUCCAAGUACGGCACGUUUAUUAAUGAUGAGCAGCUGGCAGCUGGCUCCACCAAGACCCUACGUGGUGGUGACAGAGUCACGUUUGGGGUCUUUCAAAGCAAGUUUAGGCUGGAACUGAACUCAGUGGUGGUCUGCUCAUCCUGUGUCGAUAAUGAGGGGAAGCUGGCUCUUUCACAGGCCGUGCAGUCGGUUGGAGGCCGCCUGGUCAGCUCUUGGUCACAGGACUGCACUCACCUUGUGAUGCCCACUGUAAAGGUUACAGUUAAGACGAUCUGUGCGCUGCUGUGCUGUCGGCCAAUAGUGAAGCCAGAGUUCUUCACCGAGCUCUCUCAAGCUGUGCAGCGGAAGGAAACCUUUCCCAAAUCUGAAAACUUCAAGCCGGAGAUGGAUGAACCCAGUCUGGCAAAGCAGGAGGUGGACCUGGGUCCCCGGCCCGAGAGAAAGUCUCUCUUCAAGGAUAAAACCUUUGUCUUCCUCAAUGCCAAACAGAUGAAACGUUUAAGUCAGGCCAUCACUUGUGGAGGUGGGCGGAGCCAGCUCUUGGAGGAAGGGUCUCUGCCUGUGUCACUUCUGGAAUCCGCAGGGACUUGUGUUCUUGACGUGGGAACAGGAUCCUCCCAAGCACUCAUACCUUCUACCACCAAGAAAUGGACUGACUCUGUAGGGCAGAUUUUGCACAGAAAUGGUUUACGCUUCAUCACUGAAUCUGAGAUUGGAUUGGCUGCCAUCUAUGUCAGUAAUCAGACCUACUGCAAUCCCUGCUCUUCUAUGGAUUCUGAGUCUGUUAGAAUGAGGUCAGCAAUCCCUGCGGCAACUCUUACACAGAAUACAACAGUGGAUGAGACUGUGCUUCCUGCCGCAUCCCAGAACAUCACUGCAUAUGUAGCCAACACUGAGACUUCUCAGAGUUUCAGCAGGAUGCAUGGAUGUGGGGCCAUAGCUGUGGGUGAGACCCCUGAGAAAUGCCCUGUACAGGCAGAGCCACUGCGGUCAGCAAAGCCAGCAUCAACAUUAUCCCGAAGACAGCUGUCAACCAUGGAGCCACCAACCACUUCAGAGUCUGUGAAGUCAUCAUUGACCUCAAGUGAGAGAGUACAGGAGAAGAAGGCAGAAUCAGCUUCUUCUGACCGGAGGAAUGACGACUGUGUGAAAUUCCCAGACCCUCUCAACAGCAGCGCCACGCUUAAACAAUCCCCCCAGAAACAGUCAGCGCUCACAAGCUACUUCCAGCCUGUCAGCAAAAAGAGGUCGCGUGAGCACGGUGCCGAUUCUGAGCUUUCGGAGGCCAAACUGUCCAGACGAGAGUGCGAGGGCGAGGAGAAUGAGAAGAAGAACGCUACUCCAGCGGCAUCCUUACAAACCUCGCACACAAGCCAAAAGCGGCAUGGCACGACCCCGCAGUCCAAUUUCAGUGCCAGUCUGGGUUUGGGCUCUGCACUCGCCAUGAGUUCAGGUCCUAGCGGGGACCAUAAUGCCCAGAACUAUGACUCCAAUCCAAUCUCAGGCAGUAAGAAGAGGAAGGAGCCAGUGCAGGACCAGCCAUCUAACCUGGGGGUGCAAGAAGAGAGGACUGAUUUAGAUGAUUCACUGGAGGAGCUUGAGUCCAUCAUGUCAGAGGACAUGGAUGAACCCAUGCAGCCUGCGGCCAGUAAGAAACAACGUUUGGGUCAAGGAGAGAGCAGCACUUCCAGUAAGGAGCGGAACCCAAAGCAAUACCAUAACACUAUAUCCAGCAACCAGCAGAGGGUAGAGCAGCAAAGCAUAGCCAGUAAGAGCCAGAACCUGCAACAGGGUGUGCCUGAUGGAGCCAAUAAACACCAGAACUCUAAGAGGAAGUUACAGGGAUCCGGUAGAGCAGCAGAUUUGGAGCAGGACCAGCUCGGUUCAGUGCAUAGGAAGGAUAGAUCUGAAUCUGAUAAUGUUAAAGAAGAGGAAGUGUCCUUUGUUGAGAUAUCUGAGGCCCUUAAUGGCUUUGCCAAACACAGUGAGGUGCCUGCGGUCAAGCAGGAAUCCAAGGGCUCAAGCUCAGCGUCUGCUUCAGAAAAUGACACCGAGCUUCCCCAGAGACUCUUGCAAGUUCAGUUUAAGUGUCUCACAGUGAACGCUCCAUCCAGAACAAGGUCUGACCCGCUACAGAACCGCGAUCCCAAUGGGAAGAACUUCAAGCGCUUCCGCAAGGUACCUGUUCCUGGACUUCAUGGCUUGCCCAGCAUCAUUGGCGGCUCAGAUCUGGUGGCUCAUAAUCGGAGCAAGAACACAGAACUUGAGGAUUGGCUGAGAGAUGCAGCAGAGGAGGAGAAACGGCAAGAGCGAGAAGAGACUCUUGGGGAUGAUCUGUUCAGGUACAAUCCAAAGCCUUCUAAAAGAAGAUGAGGGGUAACUCAUGGACCUGGGCUCUUGGUUAUACUUAAUGAUCUGCCCGUUCAAGAAGAUUCCACAGUUUUCGACAGGUUUUGCUUGUUCUUGUAAGUUUUGAGCAGCUUGCCAAAUAUACGUCCCGCACUUGUUCUGGAUUAUUGCAAUGUUCCAAAAGUAGGCCUGAAGUAUGUUGUCUGUUGAUGUUCACUUAUAAACUUGGAGGUAGAAUAAGUGCCUUUUUUAUUUGAAGUCACUCAUUACUGGUCACAUGGCUCACUAAAUCAUGAACUGCGUCUUUAAUUUUUACCUGGUAACACUUUACAAAUACUACUUUUACAGCCUUCACUAUGUUUAAAAAAGAAUUCAUCAUCUUUUCUCAUUCAUUUUCUCAUUAUAUGUCUUGGAUAUAUGUUGGAUACAGUAGUUCCUCCCUGACAUUUUCUUAGUGUAAUAGAAAACUAGAGAACACCUGCAAACCUGAGUUUAUACAGUCUGUUUUGGGUUCUAGUUGUAUUGUGAGAUGUCAGAGAAGCCAAUAUACAUUAGUUUUUUUAAACAUCAAAGUUGCUAACAACCGAAUACAUACACUUAUGUUCCUGUUUUUACAAUCAUUUGCUGUAUUAACAUUUUUUUGUGUUUUAAUAUUCAAUAUAAUGUGAGUUUAAAAGGUACAGACUAGUUACAAAAUUGUAUUUUUAGAGGUUGCAUUUAUUAUUUCAAGAAUUUGGUGAAGAAUAAGUGAUAGAAUAGAACAUUAUCACAAGAAUAAGUGAUAAUGUACUGUGGUGAUUGUUUACGUUAAUUUUUGUCAAGUUAGCUGCCUUUAGAUUUGAUCUCCACAUUUGAAAGGUGAUGAAUUCUGGGUUCAUCAUAUUGCCUUCUCUCUCAGUUCUUUUAGAAUCUUCCACAGCUGCAUUUGUUGUUCUGAUCAUCUGAAAUGUCUUAAUUUUCAUUGACAGCUUCCAACUAAUGUUUUUAAAAUUGCGGUUGUACAGGUCUAACACAUUAGAAUCAAAUAAUACACAUUAAUUCCAAACGUUCCAAACCAUAAUUCCAAAUGUCUACAAAGCAAAUUAGCCGUUUUAUUUACUAAAACCACCAGUGAACCUACACGUCUUCUGAGUUUUUAUAUGAAAUGCUGAUUAUGGUAAAAUAGCGUUAAUACUUAAAAACAAAAAAGUUUACAUUGGGGCUGGUUUAUUUUUUUGUUUUAUUUAUUUUCCCAAUUAAGCCAAAAACUCACCAAAGCAACAUCAGAUAUAAGGCAGCAUAUUCAUAACACUUUUUUUUUUUGCCAUUUUUUCGCCGUAAAACACCCUGUAUGAACCUCUCCGACAUGAACGUAUUUACUGUUCUAACUCAAAUGUUUCUCUAUAAUUGAGCGUUUCCCAUCAAACCACACUGAAUGACUUUGUUUACAUUUUAACUGAUUUCCACUUUAAACAUUCAUGAAAUGUUAUAAAGUGCAGUAAAUAACAAAAUAAAGACUUAACGUGUCUCUUAGUGGCCAAGCUAGCCCUGUUUUCAAAUGACCAGGUGGAAGCCUAUCAUCCUGGAUUUCAUGGAAAAGCUAUUUAUUGUACCUUCAAAGUUUAUGGUGUUUACAAGGUUCACUGACGGCAAACAAUGUAACAGAGUAUUUUAAAAAGUUUUAUUUGUGCAUAAUAAAAAAUACUGUAUACAAAA